AUGUCGUUCUCAAAUCUCGUCUCCGAUAUCGCCUUUCGAGACUCCCAUCCGGACGAUCGUGGCUCCCAGAUCUCCCAUGCUCCAUCCCGGACGGCCCGGUCCUACACCAGCACAACGGCCACGAGUGUCAGCAUCUCCGGGGAUAUUUCCAGCCAGCUGCACGCCGGGUACAGCCACCCCCUGAGUAGAUCAUGGCAGGCAGAGAGGCAGCUCACCAAGGAUAUGCUCAUCUACCCGCUGUUCAUCACGGAUAACCCCGACGAAGAAACCCCAAUCCCUUCCCUACCAAACCAGUACCGUCGCGGCGUCAAUCGUCUUGUGCCCUUUCUCGCCCCGCUGAUUCGGAAGGGACUGCGCUCCGUGAUCCUCUUUGGAGUUCCCCUUCAUCCCUCGGCCAAGGAUGCGCUCGGCACCGCGGCCGACGACCCAGCAGGCCCCGUCAUCCAAGCCAUUCGUCUUCUCCGAUCUCGCUUCCCCAAGCUCUAUAUCACAACCGAUGUCUGCCUCUGUGAGUAUACGUCACAUGGGCACUGUGGCAUUCUCCGGGAGGAUGGGACCCUCGACAAUACACAAUCGGUGGAUCGGAUUUCCGAUGUGGCGCUCGCAUAUGCCGUUGCCGGAGCGCAUUGCGUUGCUCCAUCGGAUAUGAAUGACGGACGAGUCCGCGCUAUCAAGCUCAAACUGAUCGAGGCCGGCAUCGCCCAUCGCGUGUUGCUGAUGUCGUAUAGCGCCAAGUUCAGCGCUCCCCCGGGAGGUCGUGGUCUUGCUCGGCGUGCGAUUCAAAGAGACAUUGCCGAGGGUGCCGACAUCAUUAUGGUGAAGCCGGCGAGUAGCUAUCUGGAUAUCAUUCGAGAUGCCAAGGAACUGGCACAGGAUAUGCCGGUUGCAGCCUACCAGGUCAGUGGCGAAUUUGCCAUGAUUCAUGCGGGUGCGAAGGCGGGAGUGUUUGACUUGAAAGCCAUGGCCUUUGAGAGCACGGAGGGCAUUCUCCGAGCAGGGGCAGGCAUUGUACUGACCUACUUUGUCCCGGAAUUUCUGGAUUGGCUCUGA